UUCCUAAGAAAGGACCGGAAAAAAAAAAGGGCUGAAUGAGUGAAUAUGUCAGGCUCAGGGACCCAGCGGAAUCCCAGAUCAGGGUCCCCCCCAACCUUCCUGCCCGCCCCCCGCUCUCCUCCCUCCCUCCACUGCGAGCAACGCGGGCUCCGGAGGGAGAGAAGGGGCAGGAGAUUUAAAAAAAAAAACAAAACAACAAACAAAAACAACCCCUCCAAUCUUAAAACCUUCCUCCUCCUCUUUUCCCCCUCCCCCUCCCUCUAUUUCAGCAGGUAGGGGGCGUCCCGCCUCCCCCCUGCCCCCCAGGCCGGGGAGCCGGGGAGGGGGCAGAGCCGGAUACAGGGGGGACCUCGGCCCCGGGCCCAACGGGGCUGGGGGCAUCCAAGACGGCCUCGGGCCUGCCGUUAGCGGUGGAGCACAGGAGGGCAGGGACGGCAAUGAUCGGUGCUGACGGUGGCUGAGCCCCCAGCCCCUGGAAUAUGCAGCCCGGGGGGUCCUCCGGUGGCAGCGGCGAGGACGCGGAGGCGGAGCGGGGCCGGAGGCAUGGUCUCCACCUAUCGGGUGGCCGUGCUGGGGGCGCGAGGAGUGGGCAAAAGCGCUAUCGUGCGCCAGUUCCUUUACAACGAAUUCAGCGAGGUCUGCGUGCCCACCACCGCCCGCCGCCUCUACCUGCCCGCCGUGGUCAUGAACGGCCACGUGCACGACCUCCAGAUCCUAGACUUCCCGCCCAUCAGCGCCUUCCCUGUCAACACAUUACAGGAGUGGGCAGAUGCUUGCUGCAGGGGGCUCCGGAGUGUCCAUGCCUACAUCUUGGUCUACGACAUCUGCUGCUUUGACAGUUUUGAAUACGUAAAGACCAUCCGACAGCAGAUCCUGGAGACCAGAGUGAUCGGCACUUCGGAGACGCCCAUCAUCAUCGUGGGGAACAAGCGAGACUUGCAGCGAGGGCGUGUCAUCCCGCGCUGGAACGUGUCACACCUGGUCCGGAAGACGUGGAAGUGCGGCUACGUGGAGUGUUCGGCCAAGUACAACUGGCAUAUUCUUCUGCUGUUCAGCGAGCUGCUCAAGAGCGUGGGCUGCGCCCGCUGCAAACACGUGCACGCAGCCCUUCGCUUCCAGGGGGCCCUGCGCCGCAACCGCUGCACCAUCAUGUGA